UAUAGAUGGCACCUUUAAUCUCUGAAACAUGCAGCAAUUCAACAGCCCAAAGUAGCAGCAUGCAACCUAAUCCCCAUAAUAAAUGGUCAUGCUCUGUUUGUACGUACCUGAACUGGCCUCGUGCUACAAAAUGUACACAGUGUUCUUCUAAGCGCAAACAAUAUCCUUCACCAACUGAAUCUUCAAACUACACUUUACCUGACCAAUCAAAUAAUGCUACAGUAGAUUCAAGUACAGCAUGUGUUCUUACAGAUAGUUAUUAUAAUGACAGAAAUAAGUCAUGGAGUCGCUCAAUCAAAUGGACCUGUACUUCAUGCACUUACGAAAAUUGGCCCAAAUCCUCAAAAUGUGUUUUAUGUCAUUCUGCAAGACCUAAGGUUGAUCAGUCUUCUCAGACUAUUUCUGAUAAUGAUGAAAGCCGUUCUAGGCAAUGUCGUGAUAUACCAACUGCCCUUUUUUCCCCGGUGUGCCCAACCCGUCGAAAUGAUCGUAUAACAUCUGAGACUACAGAAAUUCAGGUUUCAACUCCCCUGGCUUCAGCCAGUGAUUUACCUAGAUCACAAAAUAACUACAUAGAAGAAUGCAUACUUCGCAAUGCCAGGCGAAAUAAUCGAGAGGUAGAUUGGACCUGGUUAAAUGCAUGUACUGGUGUGGUAGAUGGAGAUGCAGAACCAGUUAUUGAAUACUUAUCUAUGGGCGGCGAUCCAGCUCGGCAGCUUAAUGCAAAUGAAGUUGCUCUUUUGAAGAGACCAUCAGCUUUUGAUGCUGGGUAUACACUAGUGCAUUUAGCUAUUCGUUUUCAGCGGGAAGAUCUGUUAACCCUUCUGUUGUCUCAUACGGGUGUGACUAGACCAGCUGCCAAGAGAGUACCUGCAGAUAUAAGUCGCACUUUGUCUGCUGAUAUACGUCACAUGAUUGCUGUAUCUCUGAAGCAACGAAGAGGAGAGUUUCCUUGUCAUUUUGUUACCGACUGUGUUACUUUUUCUUUGCCUGCUGAAAUAGAAGAUUUUCAUCCUAGAGUACAAGAAAAAUUAUUUGAUGACUUACUUGACAGAGAUGCUCAGAAAGAGCUAGAAGAAGAAUCACCUAUAAUAAAUUGGUGCUUAGAACUUACUGCAAGAUUAGGGUCUAGGCUUUAUGCUCUCUGGAACCGCAGUGCUGGAGACUGUCUUCUAGACUCUGCCCUUCAAGCAACAUGGGGAGUGUUUGACCGUGAUAAUACUUUGAGACGUGCUCUUGGAGAAAGUCUGUGUGAAGCAGCUGCUGUAUUGUAUCCUCGUUGGAAAGAGGCUGAAACUCUGCAAGCAAAUUUGCUGCAGUUUUCUUUAGAUGAGACCCAGUGGCAAGAAGACUGGGCUAUGCUUUUAUCUCUUGCAUCACAGCCAGGCUCGGCCUUGGAACAAAUGCAUAUUUUUACUCUAGCUCACAUAUUGCGUCGACCAAUCAUUGUGUAUGGAGUGAAGUAUGUCAAGAGCUUUAGAGGAGAGGCAUUAGGUUAUGCCAGGUUUGAAGGCAUUUACUUACCUUUAUUAUGGGAACCAACAUUCUGUUGGAAGUCUCCAAUUGCACUGGGUUAUACGCGUGGUCACUUUACAGCUUUAGUAGCCAUGGAACCUGAAACAGAAGAUGUUUUAGGAGCUGGUGCAAAUACACGUUCUGGUGAUGACUUAAGAGUGAUAUUUUUACCCCUAAUGACAGUUGAUCAUCAGAGGCUGCCAGUGCACUUCUUGACUCAAGAAGAAUUGGGCCAAGAGGAAGAAAUUAUGAAGCAAUGGCUUGACUGUUGUGUUACAGAAGGUGGAAUCCUUGUAGCUCAGCAAAAAAUCUCAAAGAGGCCACUUCUAGUAGCGCAGAUGGUUGAGGAAUGGUUAGCAUUUUAUCGAGGUCUCACACGUAGGCCUGCAAUUCAUUCAUCUUCUCCAGAACCUCACACUCAAGUCUAUUCUAGUGAUGGGGAUUCAGAUCAAGAAUAAAAUAAAGAAGGAAAUAUUUGCAAUCAGGACAAAGAUAUGUAUAUAAAACUUUUCAUGUUGCUUGUAUGAAUGUGAAUAUCCCGUCCAAUGAAGGAGGACUAUUUUAUGUCAUAGCUUCACCCUGUAAAUUUCCAACAUAGUGGGCAUAUUGUCCCUACUCAGCUAUUUUCUCAAGUUCUGUACAGAUAGUAAGAUGUGUAUUUAUUCAUUGUAAAUUCUUAAUUUAGCUCAACUAAUAUUUAUUUUGCUCUUAAUCAUGUGAUUCUAGAGCUUUAAUUUGAAACUUUUUCCCCAUUGUAUAUACUUAUGACAUCGUACAUUUGUGCUGUAGAUUGUAAUUAAGAUGAUAUGCAAGCGUUUUCUUAUUUUUAUUUUAUGAUUGUUGAUUUGUUUUAAGAGGAAUCUACUUUUGUGAAUCUUUCCAAAAUUAGCAUACAAAUGUAAGUGUGAUAGCCACGAUUGUUUUCAUUAAAAAUAUUGACAAGGUC